AUGCUGCUCUACACUCUAAUUGUCCCUUUCUUGGUCUCAGUAGCACUGGGUCAUUCUCGGGUCACCCGGCGACAGGACGGACCUAUUGAUCCGUCUACCGCGUCCGAUUGUACUUAUUAUGACACGUCUAACGACAGUUCUCAGGACUGUGAUUACUUUGUCGAAUUAUGGGGGAUCACCCACGAUGCUUUUGUAUCUUAUAACCCCUCCGUCAAAGCAGACUGCAGUGGCAUAAAAGUUGGAAAUUCAUAUUGUAUCGAAGUGAACAACGGCCAGCCUCGACCAUCAUCUACGGUGACUAGCAGUGGUACACCUGCUCCUUCUCCUACUCAGAGCGGAUUGAUUGACACCUGCACGACCUUUUACAAAGCCGUUGCCGGUGACACUUGCGGCAAAAUCGUGACAAAGUAUGGAACCUUCACGGAGGACCAAUUUAUCAAAUGGAAUCCUGCUGUCGGAGAUGAUUGCUCUGCUAUCUGGGCCCAGAACUACUACUGCGUUGGCAUCCCUGGCACACCGACCUCUCGACCAUCAUCCACAGUGACCAGCACUGGUACACCUGCUCCUUCUCCUACGCAGAGCGGAUUAAUUGAUACCUGCACCACCUUUUAUAAAGCUGUUGCCGGUGAUAGUUGUGCAAAGAUUGCGAAGAAAUACGGAACGUUCACCGAGGCCCAAUUCAUCAAGUGGAAUCCCGCUGUGGGAGAUGAUUGCGCUGCUAUCUGGGCCCAGAAUUACUACUGCGUUGGCAUCCCCGGGACACCAACAUCUCCACCAGCUUCGGCCACGACAACAAGCACCGGAACACCAGGGCCCUCACCUAUCCAACCAGGUAUCAUUGACACCUGCGCCCGGUAUUACGAAGCACAGAGCGGAGAUGAUUGUUCCAGCAUCGUGAAACAGUUUGGUUCUUUUGAUUUCGAAGACUUCCUCAAAUGGAACCCGGCCGUUGGUGCGGACUGCAAAGGCUUGUGGGCAAAGACCUACUACUGCGUUGGUGUACCGGGUACCCCGACGACUCCCACAGCGACAGCAAUUGUCCAGCCAACUUGUGCAGGUGCCCCGACUCCCACACAGCCAGGCGCUUUAUGCAAAUGUAAAAAAUGGCACAAAGUUGUGAAGGACGAGGGCUGCGAAACCAUCGAGAAGAAAUACGGUAUUUCCAAUGAUGAUUUCGCCAAAUGGAAUACUCAGGUGGGCAAGGACUGCGCUACUCUCUGGCUUUCGUACAACGUGUGUGUUGGAGUUUGA